AUGUCGAACGCAGUCACGAUCCGCAGCGCACCCGUCGAGGCUGCUCUGCUCGAGUCCGCCGUGGCUCGUCCUGCCGCCUCUUCCCACCGGAGUGUGCGGUUAAAUGGACUCAAGACCUUCCGUGGAGGACAUUUGGGUCAAAGCUUCGCCGCUACAACUCAAAGCGCACCUAUCGAUCGGCUUCAAUCCAAGCAGAGGAUCCAUGGCCGCUCCGCAGUGCGCGCCGCCGUCGCCGUUGAGGCUCCUGUUGUUCCUGUGGCAGACGAUUCGGCGCUGGUAACCCGUUCUGACAUUCGCAACAUCGCCAUCAUCGCGCACGUCGACCACGGCAAGACGACGCUCGUCGACGCCAUGCUCAGACAAGCCAAGGUGUUCCGCGACAACCAGCAGAUGCAAGAGCGCAUCAUGGACAGCAACGACCUGGAGCGCGAGCGAGGCAUCACGAUUCUGAGCAAGAACACGGCGAUCCGGUUCCGCGGCACCAAGAUCAACAUCAUCGACACGCCCGGCCACUCCGACUUCGGCGGCGAGGUGGAGCGCGUGCUCAACAUGGUUGAUGGCGUGCUGCUGCUGGUUGAUUCUGUCGAAGGUCCCAUGCCGCAGACGCGGUUCGUGCUGAAGAAGGCCCUGGAGCUGGGGCACCGCGUGGUGGUGGUGGUGAACAAGGUGGACCGCCCAGCGGCGCGCGUGCAGCACGUCAUCAACGCCACCUUCGAGCUCUUCUGCGAGCUCGAAGCUACCGACGAGCAGUGCGACUUCACCACCGUGUACGCGAGCGGGAUUCAGGGGAAGGCUGGUAUGGAGCCGGAUGCGCUUGCCGACGAUCUCGAGCCGCUGUUCGAGUCGAUUAUCAAGUGCGUUCCGGGGCCGAAAGUGCAGCCUAAGGCGGCGCUUCAGAUGCUGGUGACGAAUUUGGAUUACGACGAGCAUAAGGGGAGGAUUGCGAUUGGGCGGGUUCACGCGGGGAGGAUCGCGCGCGGGCAGGUGGCGAAGAUCUGCACGCCCGAUGGCGCCUGCCGCGUGGCGAAGGUCGUGGAGCUGUUCGUGUACGACAAUUUCGCACGAGUUCCCGUUGAUGACGUGGAGGCGGGAGACAUCUGCGCGUUGUCCGGCCUGCCGGACGUGCAGAUCGGCGAGACGAUCGCGGACCGCGACGGCGACGCGCUGCCGACGAUCUCGGUGGAGGAACCGACGGUCAAGAUGAGCUUCUCCGUGAACGUGUCGCCGUUCUCCGGGCGCGAGGGGAAAUUUGUGACGUCGCGGAAUCUGAGGGACCGGCUGAUGCGGGAGCUGGAGAGGAAUCUGGCGAUGAAGGUGGAGGACGGGGAGAGCGCGGAUACGUUCCUGGUCAGCGGACGUGGUACCCUGCACAUCACCAUCCUCAUUGAAAACAUGCGGAGGGAGGGAUACGAGUUCAUGGUGGGGCCACCACGGGUCAUUAACAAGAUCGAGGACGGCAAGACGCUGGAGCCGUAUGAGGAAGCGGUGGUGGAGGUGCCAGAGGAAUAUGUGGGGGCUGUGGUGGACAUGCUGGGUACACGCAAGGGGCAAAUGCUCGACCUGCAGGCCUCCAGUUCUGGCACCACAACCGUGAAGUACCGUGUGCCAACCCGCGGCCUGCUGGGGCUGCGCAACGCCAUGCUGACCGCCACGCGAGGCACGGCCGUCAUCAACACAAUCUUUGACAGCUAUGGACCGUGGGCGGGGGACAUGAGCACUCGCGAGCAGGGCUCCCUGGUGUCGUUUGACACAGGCCCAACCACGUCGUAUGCGCUCUUCAGUUGCCAGGAGAGGGGGCAGCUGCUGCUGGGGCCGGGAGUGGAGGUGUACAAGGGGCAGAUCAUCGGUCUUCACCAGAGGCCUGGCGACCUUGACCUGAACGCAUGCAAGAGGAAAGCUGCCACCAACGUGCGAUCCAACAAGGACGCCACAGUGGUGUUGGCGGCACCCCUGGAGUUCAGCUUGGAUGAUUGCGUGGAGUACAUUCAAGAGGAUGAGCUCGUGGAGGUUACACCCCUUUCAGUCCGCAUGCUUAAGAACCCCAGGAUGGGCAAGAAGGGGAAGAAGCUUGAACCACCAUGGACGCUUGGCCUGGAUCAUGCAACGUCAGAGCGACUCGGAGGUGGCGAAAUUGCGACCUACUCAUUUGACGUCCUUAAAGAAGCAGCUGACGUGGCUGUGGAGAGGCCUGUGAUUCGCCAGUGCGGAUUGCUGCUGCCUCGGGUGUCCAUCGGCUCUCCGUCCUUGCUGUUCAUUCAGCAAGGGUCGGGUGUGGUGGAGUUGAUAGAUGACAACGGCCAGGCACCUGCUGACGUGUCACCAAUCACUGUGAACCACGGUGAUGCGGUGGUGGUUCCCAAGGGGUGGACGUACAGCAUCGGGAACUACCUCAACCAAUCCCCAGAGCUCAUCAUCACAGCUGUCCGAUUCAGCCAUCACAAGCAGAAAUCGUACCUUGCCGGCAGCAACCCCCACUCGGUGCUGUCUGGAUUCAGUCUGCACAUCCUGGAGACGGCAUUCAACCAGCAGCACGACGUCGUCAGGGCGCUUCUUGACCAAGCUUCUGGCGGAGGAAUCAUUGUGUCCCACUGCGUGCCGCCCUCGCCUCCUGAGCCUGCUGCAGAGGGGGAUGAAUCUGGGAAGGAUGGGACAGAGGGUGAUGUUUCGGGGGAUGUGGAGGAAUUAGGAACGGGUAGGGGUGCUGCUGGGAUGGGAAGGAUGGGUCUGGCUGAGGGAGUGGAGCUUGGGAAAAGGAAUAAGGAGAAGAAAAAGGAGGAGAAAGAUAAGAAGGGGAAGAAAGAGAAGGAGAAGAAGAAGAAGAAAAAGACUGUUCUGGUGGAUCACGUGGCGGCGCGGCAGCCUGCGAUCGCCACGGAGGGUGGCAGCAUGGUCCGUGUGUCGUACCGAGACUUCAAGGCGCUCAGGCAUGCAGGCAUUGAGGGGGAGAUUGUGCUGCUCACCCUCUACCCGCAUGCGGUGGUGGCACCACACAUCCAUGGCAAUGCAGCAGUGGUCUUCACGGUGCUGCAGGGUUCUGGGCACUUUGAAUCGGUGCACCCCAACGGCACCACGGCCGCCAGCGAUGCCGUGCAGACAGGCCACGUGGGGGUGGUCCCCAUGGGGUAUGCUCACGCUCUGCAGGCGGGAGAACAGGGCGUGCAGAUUCUCGGCAUUCGAAUCGGAGUUCCCAAGAACGCGUCGAAGCAAGACAUCAAGAGCGCGUACCGAAGACUCGCUCGGCAGUUCCAUCCGGACGUGAACAAGGAUCCCGGAGCGGAGGACAAGUUCAAGGAGAUCAGUACCGCGUACGAGGUUCUUUCGGACGAUGAGAAGCGGCCGCUAUACGACCGGUUUGGGGAGGCGGGCGUGUCUGGGUCUGGUGGCAUGGGAGGAGCGGGAGCUUACACGUCCAACCCGUUCGACCUGUUCGAGUCCAUAUUCGGGCCCGGUAUGGGCGCUGCCGCGCGGGGAGGCAUGGGCGGAAUGGGCGGCAUGGGCGGCAUGGGCGGCGCUGGCCCGCGGACGCGACAACCUGUUCCCGGCGACGAUGUCAAAAUGGAGAUGCCGCUGGAGUUCCGCGAGGUGAUAUUCGGCGCGGAGAAGACCAUCAACGUGGCGCACCUGGACGGCUGCAACGAGUGCGGGGGGUCGGGCGCCAAGGCGGGCACGUCCCCCCGCACGUGCCCCACAUGCCGGGGCAUGGGGCAGGUCAUGCAGACGCGGCAAACGGCCUUUGGGAUGUUCUCCUCGGUGUCCACGUGCUCGACGUGUGCAGGAGUGGGGGAGGUGAUAUCUGAGUUCUGCCGCAAGUGCGGGGGCGAGGGGCGCGUGCGGACGCGCAAGCCAGUGGUGAUCAACGUGCCUGCAGGGGUGGACUCGGGGACGGUGCUGCGCGUCAAAGGGGAGGGCGACGCUGGCAUGCGCGGGGGCAAGAGGGGCGACCUGUACGUGUUUGUGAAGGUGAAGGAGACAAUGGGCAUUCGCAGGGACGGCAUCAACCUCUACUCCAACGUCAGCAUCGACUACACUGACGCCAUUCUGGGCACUGUCGCCAAGGUGGCUACGGUUGACGGUGCAGCAGAGCUGAGAGUGCCAGCAGGCACACAGCCAGGGGAUACGCUAGUGUUGGAGCGCAAGGGCGUGCCCAAGGUGGGCAAGAGCAACAUUCGCGGUGACCACUUCUUCCAAGUCAACGUCUCCAUUCCUAAACGAGUCAGCCCCACGGAGCGGGAUCUGGUGGAGGAGCUGGCGUCGAUUCACAAGACGGGCAAGACACGCACGGGGAUCACCGUGGAGGGCGCCAGGCCGCGGGGUUCCUCCUCCAGUUCGGGCGUGGAUGGGGAGGGCAUCGUCGACACCGUCAAGACUGUUUUUUCGGGCAUCAAAAAUCUUUUCAGCAAGUGA